AUGGUUUUCAUAAAAACAAUCAUAGAGGGAAAAAUUCUAGUAAAAGCAUUAAUCAAUACAACAUCUAAAUUCAAUACUAUUAGCAAGUGCUUGUAUAAUAAGCUUGAAGAAAAUUAUGGGUUAGAAGGUAUAUCUGGUGAUGAUUUGAUAGGCAAAGAAAUAAAAUGCUUAGAUUUGCAAUUUUGGUAUAAAGGAAAAUGGCGAAGCUUAGAUGGUACCGAAGUAAUAGAUUUUCAAAUUCGCAAAAAUUCAUCAUUUAAUUUAGUGCUAGGAUGGGAUUGUAUAAGUAUCCUAUUAAUUGAAGAAAAUAGUAAUAAAGCUAGUUCUAGUAAAAAUAACUUAUCUCAUUCUGAAACAGAAAUCGAUAAACCUGAUCUAAAUUUAGAAAAGUUUAUAGAUAUAUUUAAGAAAUUAUCUAUAGAGACUAAUUUAUCCAGUUCUGAUUCAGAAUCCAUGGAAGAUAAUUCUUCAAAUGAUGGAGUAUUGAAGUGUCAUGUCUUUUCAAAAAGUGUUUUAUACUUUCUUGUUAAGAUUAAAAAUGAAAUUGGUACUGGUAGCAGUGAUCUGACUGUCCAAGCUGGAGCUUCUUUUGCAAAAUAUUAUACUCAACAGACAUAUGGGAAACUUCAGAAAGGUGAGUUUAAAUAUUUAUUUGAAUCUCCAACAGAGCUUGUAACAUCUGUUGAUGAUGAUUUGGCUACAAUUUCUCAAGAGAUACCUUCAAAUUCCCAAAAUAUUGCAUCCACUAUUCCUUACAAGCAAAAGAAAGAACAAGGCUUAAUUCAGGAAAUAUCUGCAGGUGAUAGCCAGGAUGAUAUAUUCCCAUCUACCCAAGUUCAUAACUCCAUAUCUCUGAAAUAUGUGACUGAAAUUUUGCUGACCUCAGGUCAGCCUGCUUUGCAAUAG